GAUAACCAUGAAUGACGGCGAGAUAUGGGAAAUGGAGACGAUGGCGGCGGAAGCGGCAGAUCUGCCGAGAACGAGGCCCUCUGGGUUGUAUCCAUUCCAUCCACCCGGGCUGGUCCUCUGGCUUCAGCAAUAUCCACUUGAUUGCUCCAUCAUUUGGCAGUCCCUGCGUGGAUGUACUGUACUUCUCCCCCUCCCUUCCCUGUCAUCUGCAAGUCGCCGCGGUUCCGACAUCUCCGCAUUGCCUGGGCUUGACCGACGCUAAGACAACCUCACAGCCUUGUCCACCCUCUCCUCUCUCUCCUCAUCCGGCUCUUCCCCAAUACCAUCCUCACGCAUAUUCAAACACUAUCACAUCCCUCUCCGCCAUGCCAAACCCUUCGCAACUCUUGCUCCUUGCCGAUCAUAUCAAGUUAUCGCUCCUCGAACGGCAACGAGCCAUCUCGCUCGACCUAGAACCCAACAGUCAAGAUGGCGAGAUCUCACGCUCCCUCGACUCCUUGAAAGAGGGCAUCGAUGCCGUGGAAUCCGACUGCGCACGACUAGAAGACGCCAACGAUGAAAGCGCCACCGAGAUGAGAGACCAACUCGACCACCUAUACUCCCAGUAUCGAGACCUGACAUCCCAAUUCCGCGGCUCGGAUGCCGCAGCAGAGGACGAUCCCGUCGAGUUCACCAACAUCAAGAAGUCGUCACCGGACCUGAAACAGCCCGUCCCGCAACAUCCUUCUUCCAAAUCAGUUCGUUUCAUGGACAACGCCGCCGAAGAGGACGAUCUCAAUCGCCGCAACCUUUUCCAGCCAUACCGCGACUCGCCCUCCCCACAGGGCGUCGACACAUCCGACAUGUCCAACCAGCAGGUCUACGAUCAUCAUGAGCAGAUCAUGCGUGACCAAGACGAGCAGCUAGACCGACUCGGCGAAUCCAUCGGCCGACAACACCAGCUUAGUAUCCAGAUCGGGGAUGAACUUGAGGGCCAUGUCGCGUUGCUGGAUGACAUGGAUGGCCAUGUGGAACGGCAUCAGGGCCGGUUAGACAAGGCCAAACGCCGACUGGAUAAAUUUCGGCGAAGUGCGAGUGAGAAUUGGAGCAUGAUGACAAUCAUCGGAUUGAUCAUCGUCCUCGUCAUACUGAUCGUCCUGCUCAAGUGACCCUCUCGUAUAUGACUCUUCUUGUCAUGACUUUGUUGUUGUGAGUUCGGGCUUAUUACUGUUCUAUUGAUGAUCCCCGAGGGGCGAAAUGGCGUUAUUUGCGUUGAAUUGGAGUUGUCCAUACUACUAAGCCAUCGGGUUGGUGGAAGGGAUCCUGUGGCGUUUACAUUAGGUAUAUUUGCUUGCAGCUUAACACUUUUACAGUCCACCCGGCAUCUGUUUCGAAUACACUAUAUAUCAUUCCUUUGAAUUACUCUAUAGCAGAACCGAAUACAAUUUCCUGCUUUUGAUACCAUAAUAUAGAAGUAGUAA